UCCAACAGCUGGAACGCCAGCGGCAGCCCCGGGGAGGGGCGGGAAGAUGGCCAGGACGGCAUGGACAAGAGUCUGGACAAUGAUGCCGAGGGCGUGUGGAGUCCGGACAUCGAGCAGAGCUUCCAGGAGGCUCUGGCAAUCUACCCCCCCUGCGGCCGGCGGAAAAUCAUCCUGUCGGAUGAGGGCAAGAUGUACGGAGGAAAUUCUUUGGUGGGGAGGGAGAAAAAACCCUAUCUUCACUCUCUCUGUGUUUUCCUUUCCGAACGGCGUGGCGGGCACCAGGUGUCCAGCCACAUCCAGGUUCUAGCUCGGAAGAAGGUGCGGGAGUACCAGGUUGGCAUCAAGGUCUCUAGCCACUUGCAGGUUCUUGCCCGGCGGAAAUCUCGUGAGAUUCAGUCCAAGCUGAAGGCCAUGAACUUGGACCAGGUCUCAAAGGAUAAGGCUCUGCAGAGCAUGGCAUCCAUGUCCUCCGCGCAGAUCGUGUCAGCCAGCGUCCUGCAGAACAAGCUCAGCCCCCCCCCUCCUCUUCCUCAGGCUUCCCUGUGCUCUUCCCUUUAGUUUUGGAGUGGGCCUUUCCCAGGAGAGCCUGGACCCUCUCAGGACAUUAAACCGUUUGCACAACCAGCUUACCCCAUCCAGCCAUCCAUGCCUCCGUCACUAGCCAGUUACGAGCCCCUGGCCCCGCUCCCGCCGGCCGCCUCGGCCGUGCCGGUCUGGCAGGACCGCACCAUCGCCUCGGCCAAGCUGCGGCUCCUCGAGUAUUCCGCCUUCAUGGGAGUGCCCCGGGACGCCGAGACGGGAAACAAACACCUCUUUGUGCACAUUGGCCAGACGAACCCCUCGUACAGUGACCCCCUGCUGGAGGCCGUGGACAUCCGCCAGAUCUACGACAAGUUCCCCGAGAAGAAAGGUGGCCUGAAGGAGCUCUAUGAGCGUGGGCCCCAGAACUCCUUCUUCCUCGUCAAAUUUUGGGCGGAUCUGAACAGCACGAUCCAGGAUGGUCCGGGCACUUUCUAUGGUGUCAGCAGCCAGUACAGCAGUGCAGAGAACAUGACCAUCACAGUCUCCACCAAAGUGUGCUCCUUUGGGAAGCAGGUCGUGGAGAAAGUGGAGACCGAGUACGCGCGGCUGGAGAACGGCCGGUUCGUCUAUCGCAUCCACCGCUCCCCCAUGUGCGAGUACAUGAUCAACUUCAUCCACAAACUCAAGCACCUCCCGGAGAAGUACAUGAUGAACAGCGUCCUGGAGAAUUUCACCAUCCUGCAGGUUGUUACCAACAGGGAUACCCAGGAAACCUUGCUCUGCAUCGCCUUUGUUUUCGAGGUCUCCACCAGCGAGCACGGCGCCCAGCACCACGUCUACAAGUUGGUCAAGGACUAG